AUGGACAGCCAGCGCCUGUCCUCCUCCUGCCGCCGCUCCGGCACCGCCGCCCCGCUGCCCCGGGGAGCACCCCGGGCGCCCCGCAGCACCCAGCUGGGUCCCUGCAUGGGCACGGGCACGGGCAGGAUGGAUUUCUCGCUGGCCACGGCGCUCAACUCGGAGUUCAGGGAGGCGCGCGCCAAGGAGAAGGUGGAGCUGAUGGAGCUCAACGACCGCUUCGCCGGCUACGCCGAGAGGGUCCGGCUGCUGGAGCGGCAGAACCGGGUGCUGGUGCUGGAGCUGAACCAGGCGUGGGACCGGGAGCCCUGGCGUGUGGCCGGCGUCUACCGGGAGGAGCUGCGUGAGCUGCGGGGUCGUGUGGAGCUCUUGGCCACCGCCAAGGCCCAUCUGGAGACGGAGAGGGACGAGCUCAGCCAGGACCUCGGCAGCCUCCAGCACAAGCUGCAGGACGAGGUGACCCUGCGGCUGGAGGCCGAGAGCAACCUGGCUGCCUACAGGCAGGACGUGGAUGCUGCUGCCUUGGCUCGCCUGGACCUGGAGCGGCGCGUGGGGACCCUGCAGGAGGAGAUCUCCUUCCUGCACAAGGUGCACGAGGAGGAGCUGCGGGAGCUGCAGGAGCAGUCGGCCCCGCAGCGGGUGCACGUCGAGGCGGACACGAGCAAGCCCCAGCUCGCGGCUGCCCUGCGUGACCUCCGCAGGCAGUACGAGGCCGUGGCCACCGGCACCGCGCAGGAGACCGAGGAGUGGUACAAGUCCAAGUUUGCAGACCUGUCGGAUGCGGCCGCCCGCGGUGCUGAGGCUCUGCGCGGAGCCAAGCAGGAGGCCAACGAGUACCGGAGCCAGCUCCGGGCCCUCUCCUGCGUCCUGGAGGCUUUGCGGGGCUCGAACGGGUCCCUGGAGCGGCAGCUGCGGGCGCUGCGGGAGCGCUGCGCGCUGGAUGCGGCCGCGCACCGGGACGCGGUGCUGCGGCUGGAGGAGGAGGCCCGCGGGCUCAAGGAGGGGAUGGCGCGGCAGCUGCAGGAGUACCAGGACCUGCUCAGCAUCAAGCUGGCCCUCGACGUGGAGAUCGCCGCCUACCGCAGGCUGCUGGAGGGCGAGGAGAGCAGGAUCACCAUCCCUGGGCAGAGCUUCUCUACCCUGCAGAUCCGAAAGACCAGCCUGGACACUAAAUCCAUGUCAGAAGCCCACGUGAAGAGGAGCAUCGUGGUCAAAACUGUGGAGACCAGAGAUGGAGGGGUGCUGAAGGAGCCCAAGCAGGAGCCCAAGGAGCUGGUGUAG